AUGGCGAGCCGCUGGUGGGCUUGGGAGCAAGCUCAACCUCGUGUGCAGGCAUGGGCAGAGCGGGUGCACACAGAGCGCUAUGCAAAGCUUGGUCGCCAUGAGGCUGAGGUCUUUGAGAGCCUCAGCGAGUUGCCUGUGGUUCGAAGAGAAGUUCAUGUUGGGCAGGUAAAGGGAGCUGCGAUCGAUGCAUUCGUUGGUCACCUUGCGGUGCUGGCUUCCGGUGUGGCGUUUCUGCGGGCUGCCGCAUCAUGGCCGGCUGGUGUUGUCCAGCAGGUGCUCCGGUUUGGCUUUGGGGGAACCGCUUUGAAGCUCCUGAAGAAACUGUGUCAGGAGCAACAAGACUGUUUGGCAUUGCGUGCUUGCAAGUCGGAUUCGCCACCUCGACCACCUCGCUUGUCUUUGGCGUCUACCGCUGUUCCGUUUGAAGAGGAGGGCGGGUCAGUUGGAUACUCAGCUGUCUCAAACGAAGCCUUGAGCAGCGGAGAAUGCGAUGAGGAUAUCAUCGCUCUCCCCAAGAAACACCGAAGAAAACUUGCCAAAAAAGAAAUCAAGGCCAAGCGAGUCGCGGCAAGAAGGCUAGGCUGUUGGUGGACCUUCUGA